UUGAACGGACUACGUUCAGUGUCACACUCAGUGCUACCGACGGUUAGGUUUUAAAACUGUUGUAAGCCUUUUAACUUUGGAAACCAUCUUUAAAACAAACACUUAGCUAAUUGACUACUUUUGUAUGAGGACGAGAUGCAAUGUCAAAAUCCCAGCGAAAAUGGUCCCCCUCUCCUUCUUCCCUCUCUGCGUCUCUUCAUUCCACCACUGCGGCUUGUCUCUGCAGCCAUGUGGCAAGUGGUUCAGCGAGGAGACGUUCAAGAUUAUGGGAUGCUGGAGGAGUUUGUCACCACGGUGACCGAGAUUGUGCCAGAGCUUUUGAGUUGCAGUCAGAGGGCCCAACUCAUUCUGGGGCUUCGAGCAAGGAUGGUUCUGGAGUUGUGUCGCACUGAGCAGACAGCAGACCAAGACAUUCAGCAACACCUGGACAGGAUCCGAAGCCUCAUAUCCACUGGGGAAGCAGAGUCARGUGAUGCAGAGGUGGAAUUAUCUGAAUCAAACUUUGUGGAGCUGGUUGAAUCUCUGUUGAAAGACCCAAGUGAAAGGGAGAACUUCUACCAGGAUGUGUUCCCUGUGGAAUUUGGGCCCAAGUAUGACACUGCAAUACAGAUGCUGAUGUUAGAAUUCCUUUCCAGACUUGAGAAGUUACUUCCCAUACCAGACCUUGAACAGACUGCCUCCUUGUUAAAUGCUGUCCCCUCUGCCCUGGAGAAAUGUGUACAGUUUGUACCUGACCCCAUACAACCUUGA